GAGAACACUCAUGAGUCCAACGAAGAUGGAGAGGGAGAAGGACAACGACUGAGGAGAAGAAGAAGAAGGAGGAAGGGAACAACAGCUCCAGGAGGAGGGACAGUCGCUGGCCAGGCUACAGACUCCAACCCUGGGGAUCCAACCAUGGCUCCGACGCCCACGAAGGAGGAAGGCGAGCGGCUCAGCAAGAACAAGAGGAGGAAGCUAAAGAAGAAACGCCACAAAGAGAAGCUCCUGUCUCUGGGUCUGAUGCCCCGCGCUGCAGCUCUGGAGUUCACCUACCAGAGAGAGGGGGAUAGGGAGGAGGAGGAGGACGAGGAGGAGGAGGAGGAUGAAGAGAUGAGGCAGAGAAGAGCAGCUGAAGUGAUGGACUUCCUCAGGACCACACAGGAGAUCUACGUGUCUGAUCGUAAGUAUCAUACCAGGGCUGCUAAUCAACCCAGAUACGGUCACAUAUAGCCUAGGCCAGGGCUCUCCAACCCUGUUCCUGGAUGUCUACCCUCCUGUAUCUUUUCAAUCCAACCCCAGUUGUAACUAACCUGAGUCAGUUUAUCAAUCAGGUAAUUAUUAGAAUCAGGUGCGCUAGAAUAGGUUGGACUGGAAACCUACAGGAUGGUAGCUCUCCAGGAACAGGGAUAGGCUGUGUCUCACUCUUCCUAAGAGCUGGCCAAAAGUAGUGCACUGUAUGGGGAAAGGGGGUUUUACCCAUGCUCUUCAAGUGCCGAAGCAUAGUUUAUUUUAUAGCCUUCAGAUUGGCUGAAAAUAAAUAAUUUGAGGAGCACUGUGCAGAGCACGACCCAAAUUGAAAAUGAAAACGCAGGUAAUGAAUCACUAACCUAUAACACAAAUGGUCACAACUUGAGGACCUUGAGAGAUUUUAAGGUCUCAGGUGUUUAGGAUACUUCCUCAUGCUCAAGCGUAAUGUACAGGCUCUGGCAUAAUCCCUCCCUGACUUGCCUCUGGAAGAAAGGCUUCUUUGUUGAUGGUGAGUUACUGUGGAAGGCUAGGAAGGAAGACCUCUGGAAAUGUCCACUCUUGUUCAGUUAAAGGGGCUCAGAUGCUCAUUUCCUUAAUAUGCACCUCUGUCUCAACAUAGACCCCAUGAUUGUUAAGGUAUUAGAGACAUUGGUAAAAGCUCCAUUUGCUGCUGUCAUAUGACCGAAUUUGCCCACAUCCUGCUUAGCGCAGCCCCCAUUCAGCAUUGGAGCUUUUAAUGGUUGGUGAAGUAAAAGUAUCUCCUCCUCUUUCCUCACACUCUCCGGGGUCAUCGCCUGCAGGCAGGCUUCAUGUGUCCUCUGUGGUAGUGGAGGGCCUUCUGACCAGCCUGUCCAAUGGAACAUUCUCCCCUGCUGUUUUGGCCCAGCUCCACAGCCUCAAGUCCCUGGUGCAGCAACAGGACACAGAGAGACUUGCCAAGGCUCUGCAGGAGCUCCAGAACAGCUCUACCAUGUCUCCUAGUGAGUAGUCUUAUCUGGUUUUACUUUACCUCAACUACCCUGGCCUUAACCAUUCUUGUCUGAGCUCACCUGUCCAUACUACCAGUCACCUAAUCAUACAUCACCUCACCUCUCAAUACCUGCCCUCACCUGGCCAUACUAGGCCUUACCUAUACAUGCAUGCUCUCACCUAUCCAAACACAAACCAGUUUGAGAGUCACCAGUAUCUCCUGCCACCUGGUGUUUUACUCAAGAGCUGCCAGGAGAGCAGUCUUUGUACAGGUCUGGAAAUUGUGAAUGAGAGAGUCUCAGGUGUGUGUGUUUGGGUCAGUUUAAAUCUAACUGAUAGGAUCAGUGGUAACUUGGCUGGCCCUUGUGCAGAGUAUACUACUGCGGUAUAUUAUACGACUGUCCUGUCCAGGGGAUUCAGGGCACGGCCGAGCAGGUGGUCAUAGUGAUGCUCAACUCUCUGCCCUCGUCGCCAAGGCAAUGCUGAAGAGGAAAACAAACUCCCCUCCAGUCCAGACCAGUGAUCAGUUCCCACAGUAGACUCUCUAUAGACCAGGGAUGAUCAACUAGAUUCAGCCUCGGGCCAAUUCUUUUUCUUGAGUGGAUGGUCGGGGGGCCGGAACAUAAUUACUAAUAAUUUGUAGACUGCAAAUUGACCGCAAGAAAAUAUAAUAUUUGACUAAAACAUAAUCAUUUCAAACCUUGCUUACAUUUUGUAUAUGAUCACGUGUUUAUUAUGUGUGUGAAUACUUGGGAACAGAUUUCCAAAAUGAAAGUCACUUGGAGCUGAUUUCUGGUGUUUUUACAGUCUUAUGUCCGACAAUGAAAAUUCAACAAAAUAUAUAUACACUGCUCAAAAAAAUUAAGGGAACACUUAAACAACACAAUGUAACUCCAAGUCAAUCACACUUCUGUGAAAUCAAACUGUCCACUUAGGAAGCAACACUGAUUGACAAUAAAUGUCACAUGCUGUUGUGCAAAUGGAAUAGACAACAGGUGGAAAUUAUAGGCAAUUAGCAAGACACCCUCAAUAAAGGACUGGUUUUGCAGUUGGUGACCACUUCUCAGUUCCUAUGCUUCCUGGCUGAUGUUUUGGUCACUUUUGAAUGCUGGCGGUGCUUUCACUCUAGUGGUAGCAUGAGAUGGAGUCUACAACCCACACAAGUGGCUCAGGUAGUGCAGCUCAUCCAGGAUGGCACAUCAAUGCGAGCUGUGGGAAGGUUUGCUGUGUCUGUCAGCGUAGUGUCCAGAGCAUGGAGGCGCUACCAGGAGACAGGCCAGUACAUCAGGAGACGUGGAGGAGGCCGUAGGAGGGCAACAACCCAGCAGCAGGACUGCUACCUCCGCCUUUGUGCAAGGAGGAGCAGGAGGAGCACUGCCAGAGCCCUGCAAAAUGACCUCCAUCAGGCCACAAAUGUGCAUGUGUCUGCUCAAACGGUCAGAAACAGACUCCAUGAGGGUGGUAUGAGGGCCCGACGUCCACAGGUGGGGGUUGUGCUUACAGCCCAACACCGUGCAGGACGUUUGGCAUUUGCCAGAGAACACCAAGAUUGGCAAAUUCGCCACUGGCGCCCUGUGCUCUUCACAAAUGAAAGCAGGUUCACACUGAGCACGUGACAGACGUGACAGAGUCUGGAGACGCCGUGGAGAACGUUCUGCUGCCUGCAACAUCCUCCAGCAUGACCGGUUUGGCGGUGGGUCAGUCAUGGUGUGGGGUGGCAUUUCUUUGGGGGGCCGCACAGCCCUCCAUGUGCUCGCCAGAGGUAGCCUGACUGCCAUUAGGUACCGAGAUGAGAUCCUCAGACCCCUUGUGAGACCAUAUGCUGGUGCGGUUGGCCCUGGGUUCCUCCUAAUGGAAGACAAUGCUAUACCUCAUGUGGCUGGAGUGUGUCAGCAGUUCCUGCAAGAGGUAGGCAUUGAUGCUAUGGACUGGCCCGCCCGUUCCCCAGACCUGAAUCCAAUUGAGCACAUCUGGGACAUCAUGUCUCGCUCCAUCCACCAACGCCACGUUGCACCACAGACUGUCCAGGAGUUGGCGGAUGCUUUAAUCCAGGUCUGGGAGGAGAUCCCUCAGGAGACCAUCCGCCACCUCAUCAGGAGCAUGCCCAGGCGUUGUAGGGAGGUCAUACAGGCACGUGGAGGCCACACACACUACUGAGCCUCAUUUUGACUUGUUUUAAGGACAUUACAUCAAAGUUGGAUCAGCCUGUAGUGUGGUUUUCCACUUUAAUUUUGAGGGUGACUCCAAAUCCAGACCUCCAUGGGUUGAUAAAUUUGAUUUCCAUUGAUAAUUUUUGUGUGAUUUUUGUUGUCAGCACAUUCAACUAUGUAAAGAAAAAAGUAUUUAAUAAGAUUAUUUCAUUCAUUCAGAUCUAGGAUGUGUUAUUUUAGUGUUCCCUUUAUUUUUUUGAGCAGUGUAUAUUUUUGCCCUUAAAACACUUGGGUGGCCAAAUAAAACCACCCGCGGGCCACAAGUUGGGGAACCCUGCUAUAGACUCACUAUAAACUAAAACCAUACAGCUUAUUCCUGCUGGUCCCCUCCACCUGCUCCUCAGAUGUGGACAAGCUUUGUGAAUUUCCCAAAAAACUUAAUUAGUCAUUAAAGGGGAAGCUUUGGAUUCAACAUUGGCCAGCAUCCCUGUGGAAUGCUUUCGACACCUUGUAGGGUUCAUGUCUCGACAAAUAGAGGCUGUUCAGAGGGCGAGGGGGGGGGGGCACACUGCUCCGGCACUGUUUGUUCAUUUUGCUACUGUCCACCAGUCUUUGGCUUGGGUGGCUGAAGUCUUAGGCAAUUUUUUGGGGCCUUCCUCUGACACUGCCUGAUAUAGAGGUCCUAGGUGACAGAGAGCUCGGCCCCAGUGCUGUACUGGGCCGUCUGCACCACCCUCUGUUGCGCUUUGUAGUCGAGGGCUGCACAUUUGCCAUACCAAGCGGUGAUGCCGUCAUUCAAGAUGCUCUAUAAUUUUUUGAGGAUCUGAGGGCCCAUGCCAAAUAUUUUCUGCCUACUUAUGGGGAAGAGGUGCAGUCGUGCCCUCUUCAUGACUGUGCGGGUGUGUGUGUGUGUGUGGACCAUGUUAAUUCCUUAGGGAUGUGGACGCCAAGGAACUUGAAGCUCUCAACCUGCUCCACUACAGCCCUGUCGAUGUGGAUGAGGGCGUGUUCUCCCCUCUUUCUCCUGUAGUCCACGAUCAGCUCCUUGGUCUUACUGACAUUGAGGGAGCGGUUGUUCGCCUGUCACCACACUGCCAAGUGUCUGACCUCCACCCUGUAGGCUGUCUCAUCGCUGUCGGUGAUCAGGCCUACCACCGUCAGCAAACUUGAUGAUGGUGUUGGAGUCAUGCGUGGCCACGCAGUCGUGGGUGAACGGGGAGUACAGGAGGGGACUAAGCACGCACUCCUGAGGGGCCUCUGUGUUGAAGGUCAGCGUGGCGGAGGUGUUUUUGACUACCCUUACCACCUGGGGCCGGCCUGUCAGGAAGUCCAGGAUCCAGUUGCAGAGGGAGGUGUUCAGUCUCGAGCUUGGUGAUGAGCUUGUGGGGGACUAUGGUAUUGAACACUGAGCUGUAGUCUAUGAACAGCAUUCUCACAUUAGUUAUUUCCCGUCUUGUCCAGGUGGGAGAUGGCAGUGUGAAGUGCAAUGAGAUUGUGUCAUUUGUGGACCCGUUGGGGCGGUAUGCAAAUUAGGGUAGGUCCAGGGUGUCUGGGAUGAUGGUGUUGAUGUGUGUCAUGACCAGCCUUUCAAAGCUCUUCAUAAUUACAGAUGUGAGUGCUACAGGGCGAUAGUCAUUUAGGCAGGUUACCUUGGAACUCUUGGGAACAGGGACAAUAGUGGUCAGCUUGAAACAUGUUGGGAUUACUAACUGGGUCAAGGAGAGGUUAAAACACAGACGGUACACACAGACAGACGGGUACAGUACUAGACUUAGACCAGGAUAAUUAGUUUACUUGUCCUCAUCACUAUGGAAUGGCAAUAAUGACCUCAUUAAAUAACUAAUGUUUAUCCACUCAUUGUUCCUAAUUGCAAUCAAACUGUAAUGUAACGUGUGUCUCGUCUUUCCAGGUGAGGCCACUGCAGUUGUGUCCCUAUUUCAAUACUGGAUCACAGACAUCCUGCCCCUGCAGAGACAGGAAGACAGGCCAACCAACAACACAAACCUCUUAGUCGAACCAACGAACAACACAGCCUUAGACUUUCCUAGAUGUUCAAGGUUUUAAACAAUACUACUGACGGAAAACGUAUCUGACUUCAUUCAUUGUGAGCCCACAACCAUGAACAGUAAAUCUGUGAACUGUUUGAGGAGAAUACUGCAUAUAAAAGUUUUAAAGGUGCCACACAUAGGAUUAUUUUAGAAUUUUUGCAUUGUAAUUUCCAAAAAUGUCCGUAAUACAUCUGCAGUAAUAGUGGAAUGAUA